UUAUAUUAUAUUUUACCAACAAGCCAGUGUCAACAUUAAUAUAGAGGAAUUAUAUUAUUCUUUGUGCUAAUUAGUCAAGUUAGUCUUUAACACGUGUCAAUAACAUCGAAAAGAUCCUCCAAUGUGUUUUUUUAAAAUAUCGUGAUUGUUGUGAUUACAUUUUUGAGUGCUUUUUUCCUUCAUCAUUUCCACAAUAAAUUUUAUUCUCUCCACCAAUUUUAAUACACAGUAUUAAAUGUGGAAUCAAGCGAUAAGAGAUGUGUUAUUGUGUUCAAUAUGUGAAAACAUAUUGCACACACCAAUUACAUUAGAAUGUGGUCAUACAUUUUGUAGAUCAUGUAUUGAUACAAAUUGUAUAAUAUGUUCAUAUCCAGCAUCAACAACAAGUUCUACAACAAAUCAUCAUCAAACAAAUUUAAAUCGUAGUGAUUGUUGUACACAAAAUAAUCAUCAUACACAAAAUUCAGUUAAUAUAUCGAAUUGUCGGAUAAAUGUGUUAAUACAAGGGUUGGUGAAUCGUUAUCGGAAGGAAUUAAGUGGUGAUAAUGAUGAGUUAUCAUUGACUGCACCUCCAAAUACUGACAACAUAAAACUUCGACGGAGAUGGAGUAAAGCAUAUAGACGACGAGCAAAAGUACAUCUCGAAGAAAGUAUUGCCGCAUUCUGUUUGGCCACAAUUUAUGAAUCUCAAAAUCGAUCUUUCCGUCAAGUUGUAGAAAAGGUACUAAAUAAUUUACUGUCUGCAAAACGUUCACUACGAGCACGUUAUUCUGCUUCGGGUGUGUUUCCAUGUACCCGAAUAGAUAACCGAAAUCAUGUACCAGUUGCAAGUGAUUCAGAUGAAGCAUCUAGUGGAGAUGAAGAUUUUAUGCAAGGCAUUUCAAAUUCUACUGACCUACGAAAACUUGUUGAGAGAAUUGUUCGUGAAUUAGAAUGUGUUAGACGAAUACCGCCAAAUAAUGCCUCCCGAUUAAUAUCUACGGUAGAAUUAGAUUGUGUAUUAUGUAGUCGAUGUUUAUUAGAACCUGUGACAACAGUAUGUGGGCACACUUUUUGUAGAGAGUGUUUAGAACGUGUUUUGGAUUAUGGUAAUUCAUGCCCCUUAUGUGUAACUCCAAUAUCUAGAGCUGAUUUGUCAAGGGGCUCUACGGUUGUCAUAGAACGAUUACUUCGACUUGUGAUACCAGCUGAAUAUAAUGAAAGAUUAAGAGUUCGUCAACAAGAAAUUGAUAGCAUAGACUCUCAGGUUCCAGUUUUUGUCUGCACCACAGCUUUUCCUGGUAUUGCAUGCCCUUUAUUUGUUUAUGAACCAAGAUAUCGAUUAUUAGCACGGAGAUGCUUACAAUCCCAAAAUCGAAGAUUUGCAAUGGCAGCACCAAGUGUUAAUCCCAACGAACCGUUUGCUAAAUAUGGAACAAUGUUAGAAAUAAAAGAUGCUGUAAGAUUACAAGAUGGAUGUACCAUUUUAACAACUAUUGGUGUUAAACGAUUCCGCCUUAUUGAAUCUGGAGAAAAGGACGGAUAUCACACCGCGUCUGUCCAAUAUAUACAAGAUACGCCAAUAUCAAAUUCUCAAUUGCCAUUGUUAAAACAAAUUCAUGAUCAAAUUUAUUACAAAGCAAAAGUGUGGGUAAAUUCUUUAAGUUUAAAUAUUCAAUCAGAAGUUGAACAUUCAUUUGGUGCCAUGCCUGAACCUGAAUUUAAUUGGCAUAGAUUACCUGAUGGUCCUACAUGGACUUGGUGGUUAAUGGCCAUAUUACCUUUUGGAUUACAAUUGCAAGUUGGAAUUCUUGGAACUACAAAUUUAGAAAAACGAUUACGUGCCAUUGAUAAAACGUUGGAGCAUGUAAUCGCUCGAAUGAGUGCAGUCGAUAACAAUUCAUCGUACUGUAAUAAUGAAACAAGAGAUAUGAAUUUUUCAUGUGCAAAUACGGAAAAUAAUUUACAACAUCGUUUAGAAAAUACAGCAUCACAACAAGCUCAGCCGAUUAAUCUGUGAUUGCAUAUCAAAUUUUGUUGGGGUUCUUGAUAAAAUUCUAUCGAAGACUCUUUUUCUAUCUAUGAAUUGUAAAUCACAUUAUAAUUAUCAGUUUUAAAGAUUUUUUUUAUUAAUCUUUGGCACUAAAAAUAAAUCGCUCAACAAUUCGGAUACCAUCUGCUUAAUAUAGCAGUAAUAUCUUGUAGCCUAGGAGUUAGGAGUUAGCUGUCUGUAACAACGCACAUAACUUUGUGUAUAUUUAAACCUAAAGCAUAAAUUUAUGAAUUUUCAUUCGACAAGACAUUCCGGCAAAUUCAUUGUAUUAGAUUAUUGAUUGCCUAAACCUUAUUUUUUUUAAAUAAAUGGUACAAUUUUGAAAAAAACUUCCUUUAUUGAACAUGCAAAAUUUGAAUUAGAAGAAAUUUGUCAAUAUUUUAGACAGACUAGCUCUGACGUUAUUAGUUGAGUAAAAACUAGGUAGGAAAAUCAUCCACUCUAAAAAAUUUGUGCUAAAAUCGGUUAAUUAUGAUCAAAAACCAUAUAUUGGCAUAGACUAGCAAUACCAAUGCAAAAUUUCAUAAAUUUUACCUUAAUCACGUCUUAUAGCAUGCGCUUAAUUUACAUCUUGGAUUAGGCAUCCCCACGAUUAAGACAGAGUACAUGUGUUAAGCAAUGCGUAUAAGAAAGAGGUGUUAUAGAUGCUAUAUGUUUCUCACAAGUGUUGUAGCUUCGGUUCCUUUUAAGCUGUACGAUGGUUCUACUGCUUCUGUGUAUGCUGUGUAUCGAAGCUCAACGCGUAUCGAAGCUACAUUCAACUCAUAGCAAGAAUACAUGCCUAUAACACCUCUUUCUUUUAUGCAUUGCUUAAUGUAUACAUACGUACUCUCUCAUAUUCGUGGAAGAUGUACUAUGCCAUGAUGUAAAUUAAACAACCAGUAUACGUUCACCAUAAUAAUGAUUUUAGUAUGUAAGUUGCUGUGAUACUGUAACCGAAUAACACUUAAAAAUCUACAACUCCUUUAUUUAAAUAAUGGAGGAGCGGGAGACAUAAUACAAUCUAAUAUGAACCUUCUCUUAGACUUAGAGACUAGAAACAUAAUUUUCAAAAAAAUGUGGAAAGUCUUCUUUUAAAAAAAAGUUAUCUAUAGAUAUAAAACUAAAAUUAUUAUAUCAAACUGAUGUUAUUAUGAUUUUUCGGUAUUAGAUACAAAUUUUUUCUUAAUAAUUUUUUUAAAGUUUAACUUCUUGUUUAAAGAAAGUUCGAUUCAUACGAACUCUUAGUAGUGGUAUUGCUGAGCUGUGUAUAUAUUGUCUUUGGUCAUGACCAUAAAAGAUUACUAUAAAUAAAACUAUUCCAAAUAUAAGUCGUCACUAAAAAAAUGCAAUA